CAACUCCGUGUACACAGGCGUGUUGCCAUGUCGCCAAUUGGAAAGCCGCUCAAUAUGCUCAAGUCUGUGCCAGAACUCAUCAUUGUCGUUGCCGACACCAUGCGUGCUCACCGCGCUAUUGUCGAGCAUUGCCACAUUCUGCACCGUGAUGUUAUGCCAGGAAACAUUCUGUUCCGGCGCAUGAAUGAUGGAACCGUCAAGGGUAUGCUGGUCGACUUUGAUCACGCGGUCAAUUCUUCAAAGGGCCCUCAUACUCCACAUGAUGAGCGCACAGGUACUCUCCCAUUUAUGUGCAUUCAUGCCUUAGAGAGAAGCCAGCUCCCACGCACCGAACUCGACGACUGGGAGACGAUGAUUUAUGUCUUAAUUUGGAUUGGGACAUAUGGAUUUAAAGGCGCAAAUGGCCGAGCUGCUAAAAUCAAGUAUUGGGUUGGCGGCACAACAUUGGAGGACAUUGCCAGAUUUAAGCGCGGCGAUUUGGACAAUAGUUCCAGUUUUAAAUCUAUCAUCAACGAUUUUGAUAGUAGGAUGGAU